AUGCCUGCGCCUCAUACCGCUCACACAAUCGACACGCAAGAUUCUCUCACAUCAAGUAUGGCUAGCACUACGCUACGAACUGUCAAACACGUCCGGUUCGCGUCAGAACUCUCAUUCGAGAGAACACCUGAUACGUCGGCUUCGGAUCCCUUCUCCGACUCAUACAAGGACUGGUCUCCCGAUGCACCCACAAGCCCGCAUCACGGUCCAUCAACAACGCGCAACAACAGCCAACCCAGGCAUUCCAGCACACGGCAUACUAUUCCUCACGGUUCGACCCGACGAGAAUCUCUAGAAGCUUUCGACGACAUCAAACGUCGAUGGUCUGUUGAAUCGUUGUCUGAAGAGUCUUCUGCGAUCGACGAGGAAUGA